AGGAGAGACGGGUGGGCAGGCUGCUCACCGUAAACGAUAGUUGUCGGAUAGAGUCUUGAAGACCUAAUGAAACUGGCUGAAUUGUUUGCAGCGAUUAAAGAGCUCCGCGUGCUUUGCAUCUCUCGGAUCCUUGGAAGGAGAAACCGCAGCAGCACGCAGAUAAAGAACAGUUAAAAAAAAAAAAAGAAGAGGACUUUAAUUUUUUGUAAUUUUUUUUUCUCCACUCAUUUUUCUGCAGUAAGCCUUUUCACGGCAGCAGCAACUCUUUCCACGCGGACAGGACCGUUUCAUGCCAGGUGGAAGACCGACCUCUCUCUUGGAACCCAUACCGGCCUCACACUCUCCUCUGGCGGGCUCAGAAGCAGCAGUUCCCGGCAUUUGCUGGGAUGUUUGAGUCGCGUUGUUUGGUGGGGUGAAGGGACCGAGAGAGUGGCCGGAGAGACCGAAGGGACGGAGGCCGAGAGAGGAGCCGAGAGCAUGGCUCUGAUAGUGCUGUCUCUCUGGGUGCUAACGAGUCUCACCUGGGCGGACGUGAUCCCGGUGUCAGCCAACAGGCACUCCGUUUACUGGAACAGCUCCAACAUACAUCUGCGUAGGGAGGGCUACACUAUGCAGGUGAACGUCAACGACUACCUGGACAUCUACUGCCCUCAUUACAAUGACAGCCAGCGCAUGGUGGGCACCAGCGAGCAGUACAUCCUCUACAUGGUCAGUUACCGCGGAUACAGGAACUGCGACCCCCAGCUGGGCUUCAAGAGGUGGGAGUGUAACCGGCCCCACGCCCCCCACGCACCCAUCAAGUUCUCCGAGAAGUUCCAGCGCUACAGCGCCUUCUCGCUGGGAUACGAGUUCCACGUUGGUCAGGAGUACUACUAUAUCUCCACACCCACCCACCAUCACGGCCGCAGCUGUCUGAGACUACGAGUAUACGUCUGCUGCUCCACGGCCUCUGACGUGGAUGAUGAGCCAGAGCCUACAGAACCAGACUACACGCUUAGACCAGGCCUAAAACUUGAUGAUAUUGAUGAAUUUAACCCUUUCGUUCCCAAACUGGAGAAGAGUGUCAGCGGAAGCAGCCCGUCCAGGGAUCGCCUUCUCCUCACCGUGACGAUGCUCCUUCUGGCCGCUCUCUUCAUCUCCUAGCAACGGCCAUCCCAUCAGUGUCACCAUGCCAACUAGCCUUGGGAGGGUGUACAGUAUCAGCGGGUGGGAGAGUCGAGGGAGGAGCGGGGAGUCAGGAGAGAGAGGAGAGUUACGAAACCACAAAUAGAGCAGAGGAGCAAGAAAUGAGAGUUUUUAAGCAUUGUGUGUGUGUGUGUGUGUGUGUGUGUGUGUGUGUGUGUGUGUGUGUGUGUGUGUGUGUGUGUGUGUGUGUGUGUGUGUGUGUGUGUGUGUGUGUGUGUGUGUGUGUGUGUGUGUGUGUGUGUGUGUGUGUGUGUGUGUGUGUGUGUGUGUGUGUGUGUGUGUCUGAACAAGCCACAGGUUGAGCUUGUUGAAUCAUGCACAUCACACAAAGCAUUUAUACACCAGGAAAGGCCGGGCAGAAUUCCUAGUAAAAAAGCAUCAAAUCCACCCAACCAAUUGAAAACCAUUUGAAGACUUUCCCCUGGAUGUGAUUGGCUGAAACACUUCCUUAGGGCUAGUUGCCAUAGUUUCUUGCAACAAGAAUUAAACUGAACUGAAAUGAACUGAAUCAGAUAGAUUUAAUGAGAACUGAACUGAAAUGAACUGAAUCAGAUAGAUUUAAAGAGAACUGAACUGAAAUUGCCUUUUUUUUGUUGUUGAUGUUGAUGCUGGAAACUUUUCCCAGUCCACGAAAGAAAAAGGAACCAGCUGAUGAACUGAGCAGGUCCUGUGUAGGAGACUAGUCAAAGUAGCUGAUAGUUCAUAAACACACCCUGGGACUCCAGACGCCAUGUGUUUUAGUUGUCAUCUCCGGUCUGUCUGCCGUGUCAUCAUGUGUUCACUAUCAGCACGUCUCUAUUGAAGGCAGCAGGGUCGGAUGGGUCCUGGGGAAACACAGAGCAUUUAAACAAUGAAGCAUUCACUCAAACAAAACGAGGGAUUUACUGUAGAUGUGCCAUUGACACCGAAACUGCAAGGGGGAUUGUUGAUGUUAUAAGUUUGCUGUGUCACUUUUCUGUCCAGUAUUUGAAGUACCUCUGUAAGUCCUCCUUCAUCUCCGAAGUUAAAGAAGCACACGAUCAGCCAUGGAAGGACACAGCAAUACUGCCCUCUUCUCUACACACUGCAGGCUGUUUGGAGGAGAGCAGGGAGGAAGGAGCAAGGACAGUCACUCACACAAAUGUCUAUGAGCAGGUCCAGUCCUGGACAAUAAGAAGCCUUCCUCUGAUCAAUGUGGAGCAGCAGCCCGCUCUACCAAUGCCAUCUCUGUAACCCAUUCGUCAGAUGCCACAUGUAAACGGUUUUCUGUUACUGUUCGAUUGCUAAGUGUGCCUGAAAGAGAAAACGUAUGUCUGAGUGUGCCACAUGUGUGUUUGAGAUUGAGAGAGACUAUUUUAAAUGGUACUAAUGGACAGAAAAUACAUCCACAUUAUGUACAUCGUAUACGUAUGAAAAUGCAAACAUAAAAUAAAAAUAAAACCCAAACUAAAGCAACAAGUAAUAUACAUAAAACCAAGUGCUUUGGUGGGGAGUUGCGGCCAUUCAAAACUCAAACAACUGUACCAGUCGGUUGCUUCAGAAUAGUUUCCAUAGCAACUAGCACCUUAUUCACCAUGGUUACCCCACCCUGCCAACGAUGGAUUCUAGUAGGGCAUGGCUUACCAUAGUAGCUGAUUCAAAACGAUGAUGAUGGUGAAGAUGAUUUUAGUGAUAAUGAAGACCUUGAUGGACUGCGAGCUGAACGCUGGCCCACCGGGUCACGCAGCAGCUCACCCACCGGCAUGUGAGGCGUUUAAGUACUCGUGUAAAUGUCACAACGGACAAAGAAUGGAAUAACAAUGUCUUUACAUUUGCCAAGGUGAAAUGUAUUGUAAGCAGUUUUACAAACUUGAAGCUCAGUUUCCUUGUGGUUGUUUUUUUAAAUCUUGUUUUUUUUUUAUCGCUGUGGUGAACUUUUUGUUGUCUUGAGGGGGGGAUGGGGGUGAGCCAUAUGUAAACCUGGGCUGCACUGUGUGAAUCUCUCAGUCGACUUCAAGGUUAAGCUAUUUUGGGUUAGUAUGAUUUCCAGAAAUAUUAAUAUAUUAACAAAUCAUUCACCAAUCAUACACAAUAGGAGAAUGUAGUAUAAUUAAAACUGUUAUUAAAUGUUUCCUGUUACACUAGAGGAAACUUUUUGAAAUCUGAGAAACAAUAACCCUACUGACGUGGGUUGGUUGGUUGGCACUGUAGUUAAUUUCAACGAAAGGGAUAAAUAUACUUCUUGAACAAAUCAAAUUACCCACUAACGCUGAAUGAGAACUGGAAAAACUUAAGAAGUCUGAAAUCAUAGCAGAUAUUGUUUGGUAGAAUUUCAAUGUUUUGCUUAAUGUUCCCCUGGUCAGAUUUGUGUCGGGGUUAAGUCUACCAGGUAGGGAACCACUGAUAAAGUUAUAUUUACAUCAGUGUGCUAGUAGUUCCCAAUGGUUUGUGACAGUUACCGAGAUUAUUUUCUCUUUGGAGAGCUCACAUUUUUGCAGCUUCAUUGAGAACAUUACAUUAGUGUGUUAACAAACCCAGGUGUAUAUAUGGCUCGUGAUGGGAGGGUGAAGAAGGAAGGGUUUUGGGUGCUGGUGUGGAGGGAGAGGGUUACAAACUCUUCAAGAAGUUGCACUUAAGAACUUAGACACGAGAAUAAGAAAGUGUGUGUCUGUAUGAGUGGAUGUGUGUGUGUGAGAAAGACUUUCUGUUCAUCACUUCAUGUCUGUGUGCAGGAGCUUUAGCAUCAGAGGCUGUCUGUGUUUGUGUGUGCUGGUGCCAUUGUGUACAUGUGUGUGUGAGUAAUUGAAUGGGUGAGCAACAGUCUCUUUGUUUCUGCUCUUCCCAUGUGUGUUUCAGUGAGAGUGAGUGUGUGACCGAAUGUUGUCUGGCAAAAGAAAAAAAAGCAUUUACUAGUGUUGGCAACAACAAUUACAAUCAUGUUUACCUUUCGACUGGAAUGACUUUAAAUAAACUUGAAAAUAAAAUGUAAAAUGAACAAACCAUAACAGAGGUUAUAACAAUGAUCAUGAUAACAAAAUAAUAAGCUUACAAAUCUUACUUU